GUAUUCAAUCAGAAGAUAGAAGAGACUGGAAACAAAAUUGUUUCAGAAACUGAAGAAGUUUCAUCGCAUUUUUCAUAUGAUAAUUUUGUCAUUUUGCAAAACUAAACAGAACAAGUUGAAGAACCGAAGAUUUGCCAAAGAUGGGAAUAUUACAGCAUAUCGUAGCCUACAUAACGGGCGGUGCACACGGUAUUGGAAAGGCUGUCGCCGAGAAAAUUCUUUGUGAAGGAGGUAAAGUAGUACUGGCCGAUAUAUCCAGCAAAGGAGCAAAACUUGCGGAGUCUAUGGGCGAAAGAGCUUUAUUUACGUGUACCGACGUCAAACAUGAAAAGGAUAUAAAAAAAAGUAUGAAAUUAGUGAAGGAAAAAUUUGGAGGUGUGAACGUGCUCGUUAAUUCUGCUGGUGUACUGGGUUACGAGCGGAUAUACGAUUUCAAGACUAAAAAACUGCAUUCGGCAGAUCUAUACAAAUGUAUAUACGACACGAAUGUAUGGGGUUUAUUUAAUGUGACUCGUUUAAUGGUCGGUAUGAUGGCGGAGAAUACACCGGACAAAAAUCAACAAAGAGGUGUUAUUAUCAAUCUUGCCAGUAUGGUGGCUUAUGAAGCGAUUCCAGAAUUGACUGUUUACGGUGGCACAAAGGCUGCGGUUGCGGGCAUGACGAUGACUUUAGCCAGGGAAUUUGCCUCGAAAGGAAUAAGAGUCGUUGGAAUCUGUCCUGGUUUCAUUGAGAGUCCCAUGACCAAUCCACUGACGCCAGAAGUAAGAAAACGAUGGAUCAGUAUGAUGCUAACCCCGAAACGCUUUGGAACCUGCGAAGAAGUGGCUCACUUGAUUCAAGCCUGUAUUGAGAAUCCCUUAAUAAACGGUGAAAACAUACGUAUAGAUAUGGGCUACCGGUACUGUCAAGUGGAAGACGGGCAACCAGAUGAACAGAAGUGCUGAUUUACUUAACCAUAUUGUUAAAUAUAAAUUUGAGAUCAAAAUUAAUUUUAAAAAAAGUAAGUUUUAAUUAAAAAUAUUUAAAUUAAAAAUUAAAAAUUAAAAUAAGGAUUAUAUUUUGCAUUUAAAUUUUGAAUUACAUUGAAAUAUAAGUAAUUUGUUUACUGUACUUGAAAAGAGCCCAACCAAUUUUGAUAAAAAAAAAUUUACCAGUACCAGAAUUUAAUUUUUUGAAUAGAUAUUUCGUACAGAACCAAGCAUGGUUA